AUGUGUGCUGUUUUCAUUUGCUGUCCAUACCUGAAGAAAAUAAACAGCACAAAUGAUCACGUGUUUGCCUAUGAUGUGAUCAACACAGAGCAUUCAGGUGGGGCAGGUGGUGCCGGACCAGACGAAUACCGGUACGAGGUUGUCAUCCCAGUAAAAUUAAUUGAUUGGUCUGACUUGAAUCAAAAACAACUUCUUAUUGAUGUUAGAAAAUCGUGUAAUGGCCAACGUAAAUGUUUACUAAAUGGAAAUAUUUUGACUGCGGACUGCGAAGGGAAUUCUGUAAAACCAGAAAGAUUCGAUGUCACAUAUUCCUGUUACCCUACAGCUCCAGACAACGAAACAGUAUUUGAUAUGACAGAAGUGAAAACCCAAAAGUUUUUCCAGACCAAUGAAGUUUUUUACCUCUCUCUACAACCACGUGACCCAUCUCAAACCAGUCAGUAUACGGUGGAAGCCGAAAAUACUUUACAUGUUUCUGUCGUAGUUCUCAGCAGCAACACUAAUCUACAGAUACGGUGUCAAGAUAAACUCCAAUAUUUAAAUGAUUCUAAGACAUUUUCAAAAAUAAGCUGUGUAAACGCCAAACAUAUGUCGUUUACUGUGUUCUCUGAUUUCUUCACUUUGAUGCAAAUUAUCGUUCUACAACGAGACACUAUACACAUUGUUUGUGACACGAAAGACAAUAGCAACACAUCUACUGAUGAAUUGAAAGAAGAAAAAAGGACCUCAAAACUAAUCUUAAUUUGCGCCACGUCUGUGGGUGUUGUCUGCCUAUUUUUUGUAAUAGUUAUCAGUGCAGUCUGCAUACGCAAACGAAAACGUAGAAGCAAGCCCAGACCAGCUCCUAAACCAGAUCCGGCUUCGUACAUUGUCGUAACUCCAGCUCCUGGUCUAAAUCCAGCCUAUAGCCCAGCUACAGCUACUAACAAAGUCUUUGAUCCGGCUCCAGCUGAAACGUUUAACGUCUCUCCAUAUUUUUUGGUUGAGCCAGGUUUUGAUACAACUGUUAACCCAGAUUCUGACCCAGCUUCUGACCCAGCUUCUGACUCAGCUCCUGAGUUAAAUGACGUGUACUCACACUUGUCCCACUUGACACAGAGGAAGACGGAGACAGAGAAUGUUUACAACGGAUAG